CCCUCCCCAAACCCCAAGCCACCACGAGGGAGGACGCACGCUACGGGAGUGCGGCACACAGGAUCGGUGGCCUCCCCACCCUACAACCAGCAUAGCGCUCCAUAGCGCAGCGCUGUACUCCACGCCCGCGAAAAAAAUCGAGGUGCCGAUUGGAGUAAAAUCCACCAUUGGCGCCCUUCGCGGCGCUCCAUGCUAUUUUUCACUAUGGGGGAGGGGAGUCAUGACAUGCGAUUACUGUGAUCGGGGCCCCGUCAGGACUGAGCCCGGCCCAGCUCGUCUGGGUUUCUGCAACGUUAGCUGGCUUUUGGAGCGAGAUGGAUGACCCCAUCCAUGGGGAGAGCCCAGCCUUAAAGGCGCCCAGUCCCGCCCCAAGGCGACUAUUCUUGGGCCGCGGUGAUUUUAUUCAGUUCUUUAUUUUUUCUAUAGUGACCUUGCUUGUCCGUGCUACUGCUGCUGUUGUUGCUGCUUGUUGUUUAAUGCUUCCUAUGGGUUGAAUCACUGCCAUGACCACCUCUGCCCCUUCCACACAGGCAUCCAUCAUCCUCGAUGAGAAGGACUUAGAAGCCUCCGCCGAGCGUAGAAACAGCAUCCCGAGCCAACAUGGCAAGGAGGACCUGCUGCCGGCGCCCACGCGCGAGGCCAUCCUCGCCGUCCCAGGUCUAACUGCUGACCUUGAGGCUCCGGGGGUUUACAUCGUCAGCUGGGAUGGCCCAGACGACAAGGCCAACCCGCUCAACUUCUCAGUUUCUCGAAGAUGGCUCACAGUAGCCAACGUCAGCCUCAUCACCUUCAUCACCCCUCUAGCCUCCUCCAUGUUCGCCCCCAGCGUCCCAACCCUCAUGAAAGAAUUCGACGUCCAAUCGCCCCUCCUCUCCGCCUUUGUCGUCUCCGUCUUCAUCCUCGGCUUCGUCAUCGGCCCCGUCGUCUGCUCCCCCCUCUCAGAGCUCUACGGCCGCCUCCCCAUCUACCACUCCUCCAACGUCCUCUUCUUCCUCAGCACCAUCGCCUGCGCCGAGGCAAAGAGUCUAAACAUGCUCAUCGGCUUCCGCUUCCUCGCUGGGUGCGCAGGCGCCGCCGCGCUAGCUAUCGGGGGCGGCACAAUCGCCGACGUGAUCCCCAUCCACCACCGCGGGAAGGCUAUGGUCCUCUUCUCCAUGGGCCCCGUCCUCGGACCAGUAGUAGGGCCCGUGGGCGGCGGAUUCGCAGUCCAGGCGCUGGGAUGGCGCUGGAUCUUCUGGAUCCUCACUAUACUCUCUGGCUGCGUCACGCUGCUGACAUUCGCUGUUAUGCGGGAGACGUUCGCGCCGACGCUGCUUGGGCGCAAGACUACGCGCAUGCAGAAGGAGUAUCCUAAGUACAAGUUCCGCUCGCAGUAUCACACGGGUAUGAAGGCUAGUGCCUAUCUUCGACGCUCGCUGGUGAGGCCGCUACGCAUGCUUGUCAAUCCGAUAGUGCUCAUUCUGUCGAUAUACCUCGCGGUUGGCUAUGGAUACCUAUACAUCCUCUUCACGACUUUCGCGAUCGUCUUCAGGGACCAGUACGGUUUCUCCCCAGGGACUGUAGGAUUGUCGUUUCUGGGCUGUGGGAUUGGUUCCGUGGUGGGAGCAAUCCUUUAUUACUUCACGAGUGAUAGAAUCUUGCACCGGCUGUCUAAAGCAACCGGACCUCAGCCUGAGCAUCGUGCUCCGCUGAUGUGCUAUGGGGCUAUUUUAAUGCCCAUUGGGCUAUUCAUGUACGGCUGGGCAGCUGAGAAGCAGGUACACUGGAUUGUGCCUAUAAUCGGCACGGGAAUUUUUGGCCAUGCGCUGGUAAUGGUAUUUCAAUCUAUAUUGAACUAUAUUGUCGACACAUUCGACAUCUAUUCAGCAUCGGCUCUGGCGGCGAAUAUGGUACUGCGGUCUCUUGGUGGGGCGUUUUUGCCGCUGGCUGGCGAAGAUAUGUAUGCUACAUUGGGACUUGGAUGGGGCAACUCUCUUUUGGCAUUUAUUGCGGUUGCCCUCAUACCAGUGCCAUUUGCCAUUUUCAAGUACGGCCAUCGCAUAAGGGCAAUGGCAACAGUCAAAAUCUAGAAUAAAAUAAAAUAGAAUAAUAUAGGCUUAAUAGGCUUCUAACUUCUC